AAAUUAUGCGACCAUUUCAAUCAAAGUGCGAAGUUGUCGCAAACCCAAACCCAAUCUGAAGAAGAAGAAGAGAGAAAAAACAAAACAAGAGAGAGAAAGAGAAAGGGAAAAUGGAACAUACGAUGCUACAAACCAUUGUGACUGUGCUUCUUCUCCUUAUGCUUCUUCUCAUCUUCGUUUUCCUCUUCUUUCUCUUCAAACCAUGGCGCUUCUUUUUCUCUUCUCGCUUUCGCUCUUCUUCCAUCAACAACAACAACAACAACAAGGGUUCUAUUGGUGGUGGUGAAUUAGAAAGACCACUUGUUGAAGAUGAUGUUAAUGCUUCUUCUUAUAAUAAUCAGCAUAAUCAUAAUGAAUUACCUAGAGAUUAUGAUCUUGAAGGUGCGUGUUAUCCUAAUGAAGUUAAUUUUCGUUCUCCAAGAACACAUGGACAAGGACUUGUUCAUAAACAAAGGCUUCAUAAUCAUUCUGUUUCACCUAAUUUUCCACAAGGUGAUACUUUGAUUGUUGAUGUAAUCUCUGAUCAUCAUCAUUCUGAAGAUGUUGCUGAUGUUACUCAAGUAUUUAAGCUACCUCCUCCACCUCUUUUAGCUCAAAUUCAUCAAAAACCUAAUAGUACUACUACUAAUAAUAAUAAUCAGAAUGAUAGAGUGCAAGAUUUUGUGCAAAGAGAUAUCACUGAUCAAAGAAGUUGCCUUACUUUGGAGGUUAUCACCGGUCCGUCUUGUGGAUUACGAUGUUCCGUGCAGUCGACGAAUCCCUCUCGUCUACCGCUGACGUUGGGAAGGGUUUCUCCUAGUGAUUUGUUGAUAAAGGACUCGGAGGUGUCGGGAAAGCAUGCUUUGAUCAAGUGGAAUUUGGAUAAUAUGAAAUGGGAGUUGGUAGAUAUGGGUAGCUUGAAUGGAACACUUUUGAAUUCUAAGUCAAUCAACCAUCCUGACACUGGAAGUAGGCAUUGGGGAGAUCCAAUGAAUCUUGCUAAUGGAGAUGUUAUAACUCUUGGGACAACAUCAAAAAUAAUUGUUCAUAUCACUUCACAAAAUCCUCGUCACAUUCCCUUUGGAGUUGGUAUGGCAUCAGAUCCCAUGGCUUUGCGUCGAGGAGGAAAAAAACUUCCUAUGGAGGAUGUUUGCUAUUAUCAAUGGCCUCUACCUGGAUUGGAUCAGUUUGGUCUUUUUGGCAUUUGUGAUGGGCACGGUGGUGAUGGGGCUGCCAAAUCUGCUAGCAAACUCUUUCCUGAGAUAAUUGCUAGUAUAUUAUCAGAUUCAUCAAAAAGGGAGAGGGUUUUAUCACUUCGUGAUGCUUCAGGUAUCCUUCGAGAUGCAUUUUCUCAAACUGAAGCACGUAUGAAUAAUUAUUAUGAGGGAUGUACAGCAACAGUGCUUCUGGUGUGGGCUGACUGUAAUGAUAAUUUCUAUGCACAAUGUGCAAAUGUUGGAGACUCUGCAUGCAUUAUGAGUGUUAAUGGCCAACAAGUCAAGAUGACAGAAGAUCACAAGAUAGCGAAUUAUUCCGAAAGACUAAGAAUUGAAGGGACCGGUGAACCAUUAAAAGAAGGGGAAACCCGACUAUAUGGUAUAAAUCUUGCAAGGAUGCUUGGGGACAAAUUCCUAAAACAGCAGGAUUCCCGAUUCAGUUCUGAACCUUAUAUAAGUGAGCCCGUGCAUAUUCACCAAGCAAGCAAGGCUUUUGUUGUUCUAGCUAGUGAUGGGCUAUGGGACGUUGUCAGCGUGAAGAAGGCGAUUCAGCUAGUGCUCCAGACAAGGGAGCGAUACAAUACAGAUAGAGAGAAUACAGCAGAAAAGAUUGCUAGUAUGUUGUUGAGUGAGGCUAGAACACUCAAAACAAAGGAUAAUACCUCCAUAAUAUUCUUAGAUUUUGAUACCUUCAAUAGUUUCUCUUGUAAAGUUGAAUAGUAUGAAUUAGGAAUAGUGUUACAGAGUAAUGGUAAUACAGGAAUUUUUGUUUACUGGA